AUGAUAACUGGAUGUAGUAUAAUCUAUACUAUUUCUAUUCCUGAAUGUAUAAAGAUUGCACAGUCAUUAAAAGAUCAUUUUGGUGAUUCAAAAGUUGGGAUUUAUCAUAGUCAAAUGUCAAGUGAGGAUAAAAAGUCAAAUAGCCAAUUGUUUAAAAAUGGAACCAUCAAAUUUAUAGUUGCAACAAAUGCAUUCGGAAUGGGAAUUAAUAUUGAUAAUGUUCGUAUUAUUAUUCAUACUUCAUUUCCAUUAUCAUUGGAUAAUUAUAUUCAAGAAAUUGGUAGAGCCAGAAGGAAUGGAAAUUUAGCGCAUAGUUUUAUUUUUUAUGCAAAAGGAGAUACUCGUAGUUUAUUAAUAAUAUUAACAGCAGGACGUGAAGAGGAAUCGAUAGAUAAAAUAGAGUAUACUGAAAUAAUUUAUCGACAAAAUUACCUAAAUAAAGGAAAAAAAAAUAUCUUAGAAAUGUCAUUAAUUUGUAAAAAUAUUUAUGAAUGUCGUCAGCAAAUAGUAUAUCAACCAUACCUUUGGUCUAAUGAUCCUGAUAUUCUUGAAUGUGGUGAAUGUGAUAAUUGUAAAAGGCGUGAAGCUGAUGAAGCCGUUUGGUAUGAUAUAAAAGUAGAGGCAUUACGAUUGAUAAAAAUUGUACAAGAAUUAGUAUUGAGAGGAAGGAAUCCUAAUUUACAGUUUUCUCAUAUAACUAUACAUGAUAUAGUAGAUGUAUUUUGUAGUACUAAAAAUGUUAAUGUGCGUGAUAAAGAUCUUACAAGCCUAAAAGAAUAUGGGUAUAAUAAAAAUAAUGUUAUUAAAUUAGAGAUUGAACUCAAAUCUUGGAAAGAAGGUUCUUCAAGUUUAAUGGAUUCAUGUUAUAUUAUUGGAACUAUAAACAUGGCUAUAGAAUAUAUAGAAAACAAUAAUUG